AAGAAAGAUAGAUUUGCUCAGUUAAAGUCUGACAGUUGUUGCACAUAAAUAAAGGCAAUGAAAUUUGUCUAACUGCUCCCAACAUGCCAUCAGCCAUCCAUCCAUCAAUCAUUCACCACUCAGCUGUGUGCAGCUUUUUAGUUGGGAUGAUUUACUCAUAAACUAAAAUACUUUGCAGCGGAACACAUAUAUAAAAAAAGUGCAUGAAUCAUAUUUUGGGCAAGUUUUAAUCAACUGUCGUAAAUGACAAAUCACCAGUUGGUCUCAAUUAGUAUAAUGAGCUGAGAAAUACACACCGCCAUCCCCAUCAUCAUCAUCAUCAUCAUCAGCGGUAGCUCGUCCAGCAGACUCGGCGGCCAUUCAGAAGGAAACAGGACGCAGCUGCAGCGCCACAGUUCAUGGCCAAAUCCUGGACAGAGACACUUUGUUUUUAUUUCUCUUUCCUCUGACUCCUCCGCUGCGCUCAGACCUCUCUGCCUGUUGCGCGCUCGGUCCGCUCCGCGUGAUCUGCAGGCGAGUCUUUGUCGCGCUGGAAGCAUGGCUGCCAUCAAGGCGUUGGAGCAGUGGUGCAAACUGCAGUGUGAGGGCUACAGAGAUGUUGCCAUCACCAACAUGACCACUUCAUUCAGGAACGGACUAGCUUUUUGUGCGCUCAUACAUAAAUACAGACCGGACCUCAUAGACUAUGACUCACUCAGAAAGGAGGAUGUGUUUGAGAACAACAGAAUGGCUUUUCAGAUUGCUGAAGAAACGUUGGGCAUCCCAGCUUUGUUAGACGCAGAAGAUAUGGUGGCUUUAAGGGUUCCUGACAGACUGAGUAUUCUCACUUAUGUCUCACAGUACUACAACUACUUUAAAGGAAGGCCUCCAAUGGGAGGUGUGAAAAGGCCAGCAGAGGGCUCCAAGGAGGAGCCAUCAGAGAAGAAAAACCUCCCAGUAGUUGCCAAAAGCUUUGUGUCUAACAUGGGCAUUGAAAACCGUUCGCCUUCCAUCAUCACGGCUCACAUCUCACCCAAGCUGGCCAGAGCUGCUGCUGAGAAGGUGGUUUUGACUGACAAUGCCAAUAAAAACGGGACUCUCAAUAGCAAAUGUGUUGCAUGCAAGAGCCAUGUUCAUCUGGUACAAAGGCACUUUGUGGAAGGCAAGCUUUAUCACAGAAGCUGUUUCAAAUGCAGUGAGUGCUCCAGUGUGCUUCAUACAGGAGGCUACAAACCUGGGAAGAGUCCAGACACCUUUGUCUGUAAAACCCAUCAAAAAAGUUCCAAAACCACUUCCUCAGAUGCUGGAAUUAAAAACGGAUUCCCUAGUCCAGCUGUACAGCCAAAUAGGGCCAUCCAGACCCAGCUUACACCACGUCCUUCAGUGCUGACGGCCCCACUUUAUCUUGAUCCGAAGCCAAUUAGUCCCAUCCCACCUUCCCAGUCCUGGACGAGCUCGGCUCAGAAGACGCAAGCAGCCAGGCAGAAGUUUUUCCAGGCUGCACCACAAGUUGCAGAAAUUUCAACGAGUACCAGGAAACCUGGAGAACCUACAGAAAAGCCAAAGGUCCUGAUCAGUCCUGAUGAUGAAAAGAACAGAGCCAGGUUGAUGAUUGGAAAGAAACUAGCAGAGGAAAACUUCAACAAUAACAACAAACGUCUGUUCACCAUCCAAUCUGCAGAAAGACGGUUUUGUUACGAGCAAAGCUCAGUUGACAUGCUUGGUUUGAGGAAGGAGAAGUGCAGCCAAGGCCCAGCAGGAAACUGCACAGGACAGCCCACCACCAGCCAGACAAACAAUGAGGAACUGCCAUGUCUGAAAACCAUCAACAAAGACAACACCAGGCCAACAACUGUACACAAAACUGCCAAAGAUCCAGUCUACCACGAGUGGCAAACAAAUUUCAAACCUGUCAAAACUGUACAAGGAGUAAAAGAUGAUGAACCUGAAACUUUUACUCUGCAACAUGCACCUGGAUUCAUGUCCAUAACUCUGUGUGACGUCUCUAUUACUACAUCAAGGCCUCCCUCAGCUCCAACACCUGCAGUACCACUAGUUAGCGUUGCUCCAUUUGAUCCUACAUGCUUAAGAGAAGUCAAUCCCCAGAAAUCUCUGCCUGGCUCUGAAAGCCAUGACUUUAAACAGGGGAGCCGCUUCCCCGUGAAAUCCCCACACAGACCACCAGCUGUGGAAUCUAUUAACUCUUCAUCGACUGCUCCAGCCAAUCCCGGAAAUCCAUCAGCUGCUAAAAAGGGAAAGUAUUUGUCACCCACCAACGCCUUCAGGACUGAAAUGAGGUCACCCUCUGUGAAGUCUUAUCAUAUUCCAGCGGAGCAGAUUGAAAAAGAGUUGACUGAUAUUGAGACAAACUUGGCUCAGCUGGAGAAGGAGGGUGUUGAGCUUGAAAAGAAGCUCCGCAGCUGCGAGGAAGAGGGAAAAGGGGACAUAUUGAUGGACCCACUGAUGGUUGACUGGUUUAACCUCAUUAAAAAAAAACAGAUGUACAUCAGGAAUGAAUCAGAGCUUGUGUACAUUGCCAGGACUCAGGAGCUGGAGCAGCAGCAGCCAGGAGUGGAGGGGGAACUUCGUAGGCUGUUGGAGAAGCCAGAUCAUUUAAAGUCCAGAGAAGAGCGACAGCGUGAGAAGAAGCUGCUGCAGCAACUGAUGGAGAUUGUGGAUGACAGAAAUGCAAUUGUAGAGGGUCUUGAUGAGGACAGGCUGAGGGAAGUGGAGGAGGACCAGCAGCUGAAUAAGAUGAUGCAAAGUCUUGGAGUGAAGAAAGCCAAAAAAAAGCGGAAAUCCUCCAUCUCCAAACUGUUCAGGCGAAGAAGUAAAAGACGAGAUGAGUGAUGCUGAAGAUAUUUAUUUCUAUUAUUAAAUGAUCGAUUAUUUGAUGCUUAUUUUUAACGUACUUAAUGAAACAUGUCAAAUCAGAAAGAGGCUCACAAAACGUUAAAUAUUUUAAAUAUUUACCUUGAGUUGUUUUGUUUUCUAGUAGAGUUGAAGUUUUUGUGUAGAUUGCUUUCUAACCCCCCUCCUGCA